AUGAGCCAAGAUUUUGCAACAGAGGAACGCGUUGAAAUUGAAAUGAUGAUUGGCGAUAGUUUGGAACAUAAUAUUGUUCAUUCUGAGGAACAGCCAUCUUCUAAUAGCGGUCAUCUGCAUUUAAUGCCUGAACAAGAUAAUGACCGUAUGCAUAUUGUUAUUGAUUCUCUGGCAGACGACAUUGACGAUAUUGAAAAUGAAAGUUCAACAAGAUUUGUUCAGGAACUACCAGAAGAUCACUACUUCUUUGAUAUUGAUGAGGAAGAUGACAUUUUUACAACUAAUGUUACUGAUGAAUCGGAAAACACCAAUCAAGAAUUUCAACGCUUCACUUCUCUAGAAGAUUUAAUGAACAAUGAAAGAUUAAAAGAACCAAUAACCGCCCCUGUUAACAAAAGUAAUACAUCUGACUCAAAUUAUGUAAGAGAUUUUUUUGAUUCUUUCAAUUUGUUUAUUGUGCCAUUCGCGGCAACUCAUCAUACGGCGAAUUCGUCAUCAUGGUUAGAUUUGUGUGUAGUGGAUGAUAAGGAUAAGCUGAUUGCAAUAUCUCAAUCUCAAGCUCCUUUUGUGGCGGGUCAUGAACUUAUAUCAAUAUCUUAUAGAUGGGAAUUUGAGAAUAAAACAUGCUCUACUAAAAGUUAUAGGAAUUUGUCUAGGAUUGAUGAUUGUACUUUUUUGUCAACUCUGCGUUCUUUUAAUUGGUCUUGUUUUAAUCAAUCACAAUCUGUUGACAACAAACAAUCUUUGAUUAGUGAAGCAAUCACUAGUGCGUUAGAUGAGCAUGCGCCCCUUCAUAACCAUGUAAUUCGAGGAAAAGUGUGUCCAUGGAUGAAUGAUGAGAUUCGGGAUCUAAUAUGCCAAAGAGACUCUGCUUUUAGAGCUUGGAAGAGAGGAGGAAAUACUUUGACAAGAAGUAAUUUUAAAAAACUUAGAAAUAAGGUAAAGUCUUUAGUUAAGCAAGCGCGUGAUAGGUACAACACUGAUAGACUAAAAAACAUAACGGAUUCGGGAAAACUUUGGAAGGAGUUAAGACGUAUUGGCAUUGCUAAAGAUAAAAGAGAUGAUUCUCCACUUAAUUUUAAUGUGAAUAUAAUUAAUGAUUACUUUUUAUCUGUUUGUGGAGACUCAUCUUUUAAUGUGACACCUUCCUUUAUUUCGAACUUGCUUGUUAAUUAUGAGUUUAAUGACGGUCUGUUUUUCUUUGAAGAUAUUUGUCCCUCUACAUUAUUAAAAGCUCUUAAAAGUAUGAAAACAGAGGCGCAGGGAUCUGAUGGACUGUCUAUAAGUUAUAUCAUGAAAGGAAUACCAGUGUUGUUUCCUUACGUGCUUGAUCUUUUUAAUAUGUCUUUACAGACUUCUAUUUUUCCGGAAGAUUGGAAGAGGGUUUUGAUUAAGCCUAUUGGAAAGGUAAAAGUUCCGCAGCAGCCGGGGGACUACAGACCUAUUGCUAUUCUUUCUUCAUUGUCAAAGGUUCUUGAGAAAGUUGUGUUUUACCAGUUGAAUAAAUUUGUUGAGACUAAUGAUGUUCUUAGCCCUUUUCAGUCUGGUUACAGAAAAGGGUUCAGUACACAAACACUCUUGGCUGGUGCAACUGAUGAUAUAUGUAAAGCAAUUGAUCAAAAGAAGGUAACCAUAGUGGUGUUCUUUGAUUUUAGUAAAGCUUUUGAUUCGGUACCUCAUACUAUCUUGCUAUCGAAACUCAAAGCCAUAGGUUUGUCGGGAUCAGUCAUAAGAUGGUUUGCUUCGUACUUGUCAGGUAGAACCCAGGCUGUUGUGGGACCAGAUGGAGAGCUAUCUGAGUGGGGACAUAUUGGAACUGGAGUUCCUCAAGGUUCAGUGCUGGGUCCUCUAUUGUUCCUACUUUAUACUAAUGACUUCAGGGGUGUUCUCAAGUAUUCUAAGCAUAUGUAUUUUGUGGAUGAUUUGCAGAUCUAUAUACAUUCUAGUUUGGAAGACUUGCAGAAUAAUAUAAGGUUAAUAAAUGAGGAUGUUAAGGCUGUAUUUGAUUGGGCGAAAGUAAAUAUUCUUAAAAUAAAUUUUAAUAAGACUUAUUCUAUGAUAAUCGGCUCUACUUGGUACGUAAAUAAAAUAAAUUUGAGUGACUCUUCUGUAAUAAAAAUUAAUGAUAAUACCAUCCCUUUUGUUGAUUUAGUUAAAAAUUUGGGUGUUAUCUUUACGCCAACUCUUUCUUGGGAUAAGCAGGUUGGCAAAAUGUGCAAGAGCGUCUAUGCCACCUUAUCACAAUUCAAAACAAAUAAGAAAGCCCUUACGGUUGAAUUAAAGACGAAACUUGUUACGUCAUUGGUUUUCCCUCAUUUUGAUUACUGUUGUGUUGUAUAUAAUGAUAUGACUGAAGAAUUAAAUUAUAAACUUGAGAAACUCCUGAAUUCAUGUAUAAGAUUUAUAUUUGAUUUAAAGAGGGAUGAACAUGUAACUCCAUAUAGGUUACAGCUAGGUUGGCUUAGUGUUAGUAACAGACGACUUUGGUACAUCGGCUGUCUUACACAUGGCUCCAAAAUGUAA